UCAAUGACUGAAAUAUUAGCCAUACGACUGGAGGAGGUACGUUGCCAUCAGCGAGCUGUUCCUCCACCACUCGCCUGUGCUGAAGGAUCUGGUUUCACACACCAGUCGACUGUGCAUCCGAACAGUGUGUGGCGUGGCUCUACACAGUUUUUUUUGUCUGCUGCUGUUUUUUAUCAGGCAAUUUUUACUCUGAACAAAAAGAGAAUGGAUCUUAAAAACCGAAAUUCAGGAAUUAGAUGAGAGUCUUGAAGGGAUGCCUGUGUCAUGGGCACAGCGUGCGAGGAGAACAAGCAGACAAGCGGAGAUGAUGAUGCAUCUCAACAGGACGCUGCCAGUAUUGCAGAUGUGUCUGUGGAGGUGGCCACAGUUGACCACACUCUGCAGAAGCUCUGCAGGAAGUAUAGGAAGACUAGACGGAAGCCCAAGGGACUAAAGAGGCUGUGGGCCCAUCUGUUGAACAUCCCGCACCUCACUGUCAUCAUCACAGUGGUGGUAUUUGUGGUGGUGGUGAUCACGUGGUCGCUGCUGUGGGUCUUCAUAUUUCGCAGGGAAAGCAACAGUGGAGUGUAUUUUGCUGGGAUGUUCCGUGUUGCCAACAUGGAGUUUAUCCCAGAGUAUCGCCAGGCAGAGUCCCAUGAGUUUGUAUCCAUGGCAAGCAAAAUACAACAUGUGGUGAGCAGUGUGUACAAGAUGUCCUCAGUGGCCAAUCUCUACAAGCAAGCUGUCAUUUCAGACCUCAGUAAUGACAACAAGGGCGGUGUGCUGGUUCAUUUCUGGAUGGUGUUUGUGGUCCCUCGACUAAAGAGCCCGGCAGUGUGUGAGGAGUGUGUAGGAGCCAUUUUCAGAGACUCGGUCCACACCAGCAUGAAGAACAGGUCCUCUGUGGGCUACCUGCUGGGUCUCCCAGUGGAUAUAGACUCCAUCAUCAUCAAUGCUGUUCAGCGAUCAGAUUAUUCAUCAAAUGGAGCAGGCUCACUGUGUGUAGAUAAGCUGUAUGCCAACCUUCCUGGGGCCAGCGUCCCUUUAAAUGUCUUUUCAUCAUGGGGCGGUGUGAGUUGCUAUGUAAAGCUCACGACUGUCCCAGGCUCUGUCAUCCGUCUGACCGUCACCUCGUUCCUCAUUGAGCCCAGUGACUGUGUGAGCGAUGCCCUGACUAUGUACGACGCUCUGCUGCCCAUGAGAGGGCGCAUUCUGCACAGGCUGUGUGAGCCAGUGUCCAGCUCCUUCUCUCUGGUGUCUACCUCCAGUGUCAUGUUGCUGUCCUUCAGGAUGACUAAUGGCAACAAGAGCUUCAGAGGACACUUUGAGGCCAUUGCUGAAGAAAUGUGUAUGUCUCAAAUUGAGACCCAGUUGGAGCCUGACAUCAUUGGUCAGAUCUACAGCCCCUUCCACCCCAGCCUUCUGCCCCCACAGUGCUCCUGCACCUGGAGGUUUGAGACCCCUAACGGUGCUUUAGGAGUUGCUCUGCAGUUUCAGAACUAUGUAUUGACACCAAAGGACCUGAAGGGCUGUGACCACGGCUGGUGGAAGGUCAAUGAAAUCAUUUUCUGCGGCAGCUACGUGGGACAUCACACGGUGUUUCGGAUCGCUGACCACAGCCCAGAGGUGGUGUUUCGCUGCAGCUCACGUAACUCUGCUCAGCCUUUUCAGGCAUCUUACAGCAGCUACAAUAUCAGCCAACCCUGUCCGGAGAGCCACUUCCUGUGCUCCACAGGACUGUGUGUGGAGAAGAGUCGACGCUGUGACGGCAUGGACGACUGCCAGGAUGAGAGUGACGAGGUCUUCUGCUCAAGGCCCACAAAGAACUGUGGUGGCAACAGUCCUCUGCAUCCUUUGUUUGUAUGCAAUGGAGAGACUGACUGCACCAAUGGAAUAGAUGAGAUCAACUGCACUCAGGAAACAACCUGCUCUGCAGUCAGGUAUCAAUGCAACAGUGGCUCCUGCAUCCUGAAGAAGAACGCAAAGUGUGAUGGUGUUCAUGACUGUCAGGACCACAGUGAUGAGGCGGACUGUGCCUGUGGUCGUCCCUCUGUGGUGAAGAAGGUGGGUUCAUCUACAGGACCUGAGCGCAUUGUGGGUGGAGCUAACUCUGUGGAGGGGGAGUGGCCGUGGCAGGUCAGCCUCCACUACUCUGGUAACCUGUACUGUGGAGCUUCAGUCCUCUCCUCUGAUUGGCUCAUCUCAGCAGCACACUGCUUUAGUAAGGAAAGGCUGUCUGACCCACGUUACUGGAGCGCCCACCUCGGCAUGCUGACACAGGGCAAUGCCAAACAUGUGGCGGAGAUCCAGCGGAUCGUGGUGCACGAGUAUUAUAACGCGUACACGUUUGACUAUGACAUUGCCCUGCUGCAGCUGAAGAAGCCCUGGCCUCCCUUCCUCAGCCCGCUGAUCCAGCCCGUGUGCCUGCCUCCCCCCUCCCACACUGUCACCGACAGCCACCGCUGCUGGGUCACCGGGUGGGGAUACCGCUCCGAGGAAGACAAAGUGCUGCCCUCAGUGCUGCAGAAAGCAGAGGUGUCCCUACUGAGCCAGAGUGAGUGUAAGAAGAGCUACGGACCUGUCUCACCACGCAUGCUGUGUGCCGGGGUCCCCUCUGGAGAGCGGGACGCCUGCAGGGGCGAUUCAGGGGGUCCUCUGUCCUGUCAGGCUCCAGGCAGGGGUCGCUGGUUCCUGAUCGGCAUCGUCAGCUGGGGGGCGGGCUGUGGCAGACCAGACCUGCCUGGGGUCUACACCAGGGUCAACAAGUUCACCUCCUGGAUCUACAGCCAUAUCAGUAAACGGGAGGCGGUGAAUGCCCACCGCAUCCGAGCCGCUCAGGGAGAAUGGGAGUUGAAGGAGCCCACCCAGUCACUGAGCCCCCCCACGAAGCCUGAGGAUCAUGCAGAGCAGAAGGUGGAGGGGGGGCGAGCGCCAGCCUGUGGCUCCUGGAGGAGAUGGAUGUUAGGCCUCCUGCCUUUCUUUCCCUUCACUGCCGCCAUUGCACUGACUCUCCACUUCUUAACAUCUCCGCCCUCCUCAGUGUUCUUCCUCGGUGGCAGCGUGGAGUUCCCAAACCUGAGCUUCUCCUCAGAGCUGACCGACUCCACCUCCCCUCAGUUCCGCCUGCAGGCUCAGGCUUUGAACCAUUAUUUCUCAGAUCUCUACGAGUCCUCGCCGUGGAGCUCUUACUACCUGCACUCAGGAAUUACUGCCUUCAGUGAAGGAGCGGAAGGGCUCAACGUCUUCUACUGGAGUAAAUUCUCCGCCCCAGGCAACGUUGCAACGGCGAUCCGGAGUUCUAGCCCAGAGAGGCUGGAGCGCAGGCUUCCUGGCAGCAACAAGGUGCUGCGAGACAGCCGCAACGAGCAGCGAUAUUACAUGGAGCAGGAUGACAACAUGCUCCACCUGCUGGGUCUGGACCCUGAUGACUUUGAAUCAGAGGAAAAAUCAGACAAGAGUAAGAAUCCAAACAGCAUCCAGAGUGGGAAGUGGCAGCUUGGCUUCCAAGCAAUGUCCUUUGACCUCUAUGCCAAAUAUGGCAACAACCGCACCCUGAGCCUCGUGAGUCCCAAGAAGCCGUACUACCAGUGGCGCCUUCGUGUGCCAUCAGGUCACGUGGUUCGACUGGUCAUCCUCACCCUGCACGGUGCCACGCCAGGAAGCUGCACCGCCCACAAGCUCUCAGCCUACGACUUCUUACUUCCAUUACAGAAUAAGAUAAUCGCCAGGUGGUGUGGGCUGCCUGUUUCGGGUUCAUCCCCUGUCAUGAAGCUGACAUCCUCUGGGAAUGUGAUGUUGGUCACGUUCUCCUUCAGCAGACAGAGGGAUGGAGCAAUCUUCAAAGCGUACUUCCAAGCCAUCCCAAAAGCAGGUUGUGGGGGGUCAAUUUCCUCCUGGAACGGCUCUAUUUCCUCCCCCUACUACCCUUCCUAUUACCCUCCUAAUAUAGACUGCACCUGGACACUACGGGUGCCGUUGCCAGGAUACCUGAUCUCCAUGACGAUCGUGACGAUGGACAUUCAGGAUUCCCCGUCAUCGGACGACUGUGAGAAAGACUGGCUGGACAUUGGAGGGGUCAAACUGUGUAAUCCAGUGUCAGACAGCAGCAAAAAGCGAGUGUACUCCUCUCCUCUCUCCCUCCACUUCCAUUCGGAUGAAUCUCUCACUCACAAGGGCUUCUAUUUGCUCUACCGAUCCUUCUCUCCAGAGGGCACCUGUCCUCGCCAGUUUCGAUGUGGAGAUGGACGCUGUGUCCCUCUGAGGAAGGUGUGUGAUGGAGUGAAAGACUGCUCAGAUGGACGGGACGAGGUUAGAUGUUCAUCCUGCAGGCCAGGUGAAGUGUUGUGUGGGAACGGCCAGUGUAGGCCUCAAAGCAGCCAGUGUGUGAGCCAGAGCACCUGUGCAGACAGCAGUGAAGAGGGCACCUGUGGAGGUAAAUGUUACCACGUGUGUCCCAACAAGGUCUGUUUGCCAAAGUCUUCAGUGUGCGAUGGUGUUAUUGACUGCAAAGACCGCAGUGAUGAACUCAACUGUACCAGAGCGUACCUUAAAGGCUGCUCCUCAUCCUCAUACAAAUGUGCCAACGGAAAGUGUGUAAGUAAGGUUAACCCUGAGUGUGACGGAGUCAAAGACUGCUUUGACAACUCUGAUGAACUCCGCUGUGGCUGUGGCACCAGGCCUAGGAAGCGAACUAAGAUAGUGGGUGGCUCUGAUGCUGGGGCGGGAUCGUGGCCAUGGCAGGUCAGCCUCCAGAUGGAUCGCUACGGCCACGUCUGUGGAGCCACACUGGUCUCCAGCCGCUGGCUCAUCUCUGCAGCUCACUGUUUCCAGGACUCAGACGCCAUUAAAUACUCGGAUGCUCGUGCAUGGCGGGCGUACAUGGGAAUGCGUGUGAUGACUACAGGGAACAACGGGGCAGCCACCAGACCCAUCCGCCGGAUCCUCCUCCACCCACAGUACGACCAGUUCACCUCUGACUACGACAUUGCCCUGCUUGAGCUCAGUGCUCCUGUCUUCUUCAACGACUUGGUGCAGCCUGUGUGCGUCCCCGCGCCCUCACACACCUUCACAACAGGCACCAGCUGCUACGUCACAGGCUGGGGGGUCCUCAUGGAGGAUGGUGAACUGGCCUCUCGCCUACAAGAGGCCUCAGUGAGGAUCAUCAACAGGAACACUUGUAACAAGCUGUAUGACGACGCUGUCACUCCCAGGAUGCUGUGCGCUGGGAACCUGCAGGGAGGGGUGGAUGCCUGCCAGGGUGACUCAGGAGGUCCGUUAGUGUGUCUGGAGCGAGGCAGACGGUGGUUCCUGGCAGGGAUCGUGAGCUGGGGUGAGGGCUGUGCGAGGCUGAAUCGCCCCGGUGUCUACACACAGGUGGUCAAGUUCGCUGACUGGAUACAUCAGCAGACUAAAGGACAGGUGUGACUGAUCACUAGACUGGCAUGAACAAAAUGACAGACUUCACACACAGGACGAAGGUUUCAGACUUGGAGUCCAUCUUCAGACUGUUCUGAACACAUUCAGUCAGUUUUUGGGAGCGUGUCCAUGGCAACGGGCCAGCAGGCGCAUCAUCCCUGCUCCAAACCAACCAGCUUCCUUACAAUCUCCAAACAUCGACAGUAGCUAUGUUGACAUGCUGAAAUGUCAGCACUUAACCUGGUUAUUAAAUUAACUUGGCUUUGGGUCGCUACACAUAAAUGUGAACGAAUUUGGUUAUAUAUACCUUAUACAGAUGACAAGAUACCCAAUUAUGAUGCAAGACUACAGGAUACUGUAACAUAAAAACACUCUAUUAGCUUUUAGUUUUUGCUGUCUUUCCUCUGUAUUAGAGGAAACAUACUUAGCACUCAUUAUUUUGUUGGUAUUUUUCCAAAACAAAUUGGGAUUCAUCAGAAAAAUGAUAAUGAGAUCAGGUUAUUACAUAUACCACUUGCUGGGCAAACACUCUGAGAUUGUUAUUACUUUGAAUGACUCCUAUGCAAGAUCAGCAGCUUAUUUCCAUUUUCUCCAUAUUUUUGCUUUUCAUUUUCUGUUAUCUAAAGCAUAUUCUGAGCUGCACUUGCCACAAAAGGACUUCAGUUAUUGUAAACUAUGUUGAACUGUGUCCUCUUGCAGCAAAAAGCAGAACUUUUAGUUGCGUAGCAACAUUAAUCAAAAUGAAAAUUGGGUUUUACUUAUUACUAUUGCUCUGUCAACAUUGGUUGUGCUCUACAGUUUUGACAGAGCAAUAGUAUGUUUACAUCUCCUUGAUCAGAUGGACAGGUCAGUACCCGCUUUAACCUGUAGAUAUCAGACUUCAGAACAGAUUUGAGGUUGGCCAAAGUACAGUACGACCACUAGCCAGGUUAUCCUGUGCAUGUAAAUGUAGCCAAUUACUUCCUGUUUUCCUAAUGUCUCUACCCCCCCUCUUUUUCCUGUCACAUCUACAUUGUUCACUACAGAGAUAGUGACCAUGUCAGGUGUUGCCAACAAAACUCACAUCAGUCCUUUUAUUGAAUGUGGAAAGAGUUCUCUCCCCACACGUAUGUAACCGUAUAUUUUGCCCUCAUCUGCGUUCGUCCACGUACUGUAUAUGUGUAUUCAUGACUCGCUGUAUGUGUUUAAGAGUUGCUAUUGUACUGUAUGUGUAUGUAUGUGCAUUUGUAUAUCAUGAGUUUAUCUGAGUCAUAGCCUUAUGUCCAAUAUAUUCUGUAAUUGUAGAGAAGUGAAUAAUCCCUCAAUAGGAUAAUAUAUUUUGCAUUUCAGUUUUA